AUGCGUACAACGAAUCUUUUGACAUGGGGUCUAUCACUUGCAUCGCUUGCCCUUCCUAGUCAAGCGAUUGAGCUCGACUUGAGCAGUGAUGAAUCAAUCAAAUCCGCCGCCUCGACCGUCGCAUACGGUAUGAUGAAGUACUACCACGGCAACGAAACCGGACAAACAAUUGGAUUACUACCAUGGCCGUACUACUGGUGGCACGCCGGUGCCGUCUUUGGCGCAAUGGUCGACUAUUGGUACUACACAGGCGACACAUCCUACAACGCCGUAACCUCUCAAGCCUUGAUCUUCCAAGCCGGACCAGACGCAGACUACAUGCCAGAGAACCAGACAAAGACGGAAGGAAAUGACGAUCAAGCCUUUUGGGGCAUGGCCGCCAUGUCCGCCGCAGAGCUCAACUUCCCAAACCCGCCACAAGAUCAACCGCAAUGGCUUGCUCUUGCUCAAGCGACUUUUAACACUCAGGCUCUUCGUUGGGAUACCAAGUCUUGUAAUGGAGGUUUGCGAUGGCAGGUCUUCACCUUCAAUGCUGGAUACAAUUACAAGAAUUCCAUCUCCAAUGGUGGAUUUUUCAAUUUGGCAUCUCGUCUGGCCGCUUAUACCGGAAACUCUUCGUAUGUGGACUGGGCGGUCAAAUCAUGGGACUGGAUGGAAGAAGUGGGACUCAUGACGCCGGAAUAUUACAUUUACGACGGUUCAGACACGACGAAGAAUUGCUCGACUGUGGAUAAAUUGCAAUGGACGUAUAAUGCUGGAAUCUUUUUGCUGGGUGCGGCUACCAUGUGGAACCACACUGGAGAAGACAUUUGGAAGGAGAGAACACAAGGGUUGUGGAAUGCGACAAAUGUCUUCUUCACCUCCGACAAGAUCAUGUAUGAAGUUGCCUGCGAACCAGGCGGUAACUGCAACACCGAUCAACACACAUUCAAAGCCUACCUCGCCCGCUGGAUGGCAGCCUCCUCAAAAGUCGCACCUUUCCUCUCCUCCCAAAUAGCACCCUACCUCGCCGCCUCCGCCAUGGGCGCCGCAGCCUCCUGCUCCGGCGGCACAGACGGCGUGACCUGCGGCACAAAAUGGUUUGCCAACACCAGCGAAGCCAGCGUGACCUGGGACAAUACCUGGGGAGUAGGGCAACAGUUGUGUGCUCUUGAGGUUAUCCAGAGUAAUUUGAUCAAGGGGGCCAGAGGACCUGUUACGAAUAGUACGGGUGGUACUAGUACUGGUGAUGAUGCUGCGGGGGGGAAGAGUGAUAGUGAGAGGGCUGGUGUGCCGAGGAAGAUUACUCAGGCUGAUCGGGCGGGUGCGGUGAUUAUUACGAUAUUGGUUCUUGCGGGUUGGAUAGGAGGGAUGAUUUGGUUGAUUAUUUAG